ACCGCCCGUAUAAAGCGUUGCACCAGUGUAAACAGCCCUGUAGAACGUUUCAAUCAGAUCUCCGAAAUAGGCAACUUCAUUUUCGGAAUGUCGAACCUUGCUGGGAAUAUUGUUCAUUUUGAUGGAGACAUUGACAUGCUAGUCACAAAGAUCCUUACAAACUGGGACUGUUGGACUCAGAAGAAAUCUUUUGAAGGCUGUCAAGAUUCAUCUCAUUGUACGUCUCCUGAGUCGUCGUUUGAUUCAAUGUGCUCUUCGCCGGAGAUGCCAACAAACGCGAGUGGGUGCCCGAAUUUUCCCUAUCCUCAGCAAGGACACAGUUCCACUUCAUGCGCCUCACAGAAGCCAUCCAAGCCGAAGAUGUCGACCAAGCGACGCAUGAAGGCAAGCGAGAGGGAGAAGUUGAGGAUGAGAAGUUUGGCAGAUGCUCUUCAUCAACUCCGUGAUUACCUGCCUCCGGAUUACAGCCAGAGGGGUCAACCCUUAACAAAAAUUCAAACUCUCAAAUAUACUAUUCAGUAUAUCAACGAACUUUCAGAACUUCUCAGAACUGCAUAAUUCUUUAAGCACAUUACCCACAGACCUGGGUUAAAGUGGACUGCGUAAUACUGACACGCGAAUGCAAAAUGAGUUAGAUGCAGCCUAAACUGCUGCUUUUGAACUUGAACGGACAAUUUCCGAGUGAAACUGAAUUUGUUGUGUAUGCAACUGUGGGUGCUGACUUUAUAUUGUUGUUUUGAUAUUUUUGUAUAACCAGCAAUGUAGUCCUGUGUUGCCUGAUUCCUAGCCUAUAAUAUGGGACAUGCCCUGCCAUCCUGAAAUUUUCCAUUUGAUUUGCUUGAAUGGCACUUGAAUUUUGUCAUAUUUGGAGCCUAUUUUGAUUUUGUAACAAACAAGCAUAGUAAACAUAUAACUCUGUUACAUAUGGCCAUUACUUGCACGAUAUGAAUGAAGAUAAAAUCAACAAACAUGUUUGAGAGGUAAUUCGGCAGACGACAACGUUCUACGAUCACUUUUACUGGCUAAGUGUAAGUAACAACUGGAAAUUGAUUUGAAUUGUAAAUAUAUUAGAUGUCAAAGAAUAAAAUAAUUUCAUUAAAAUAU